GCGGGGGAGGGGCGCGCCCGUCGGAGCGGCGGGGAGGCUGAGGGAAGGCCGAGCAGGCGGAGCGGAUCGUCGGCGAGGAGCCGCCAUGGAGGCGCGGGGGCAGUCGCAGUCGCCGGCAGCGGACCGGAUGAGCCAGGGGGACGCCAACCCGGCGGCCACGGCCCACAUCGCGGAAGACGUGCAGGGCGACGACCGGUGGAUGUCCCAGCACAACCGGUUCGUCUUGGACUGCAAGGACAAGGAGCCCGACGUGCUGUUCGUGGGCGACUCCAUGGUCCAGCUGCUGCAGCAAUACGAGAUAUGGCGAGAACUUUUUUCACCGUUACAUGCACUGAAUUUUGGGAUUGGUGGAGACACUACAGGACACGUUUUGUGGAGACUGAAGAAUGGUGAACUUGAAAAUAUUAAGCCCAAGGUCGUCGUUGUUUGGGUUGGAACAAAUAACCAUGAAAACACAGCAGAGGAAGUAGCUGGUGGAAUAGAAGCCAUCGUGAGACUGAUCAAUACCCGGCAGCCUCAGGCUAAGAUUAUUGUUUUGGGCCUGCUCCCUCGAGGCGAGAAGCCGAACCCUCUGCGGCAGAAGAACUCCAAGGUGAACCAGCUCUUGAAGACCUCCCUGCCAAAGCUGGCUGGAGUCCAGCUGCUGGAUGUGGAUGGAGGCUUCGUGCACUCGGAUGGCACCAUUUCAUGCCACGACAUGUUCGAUUUCCUGCACCUAACGGGUGCCGGCUACACAAGGAUCUGCAAACCCCUCCAUGAACUCAUCAUGCAGCUGCUGGAGGAAACCCCAGAAGAGAAACAGGCAACUCUGGCCUGACAGCCCCCACCCCCCCGCCCCGCCCCGCCCCAGCGCCAUCAGCCCGGUUCUUUUUUCCAUGGCACUACGGAAUCCUCGCUCGGCGUGCUUUCCAUUGUUGAAUGUUACUGGGUGUUGUGUUUAGCACUGGAAAGGGAGGCGGGGAGGUGGCUGGCCAAAGAUGUCCCAGGGCCUCUUUCGUCACUUGGCCUUCCUAAGGGGAACAAGGUCCCUCCCCUGAGCCAUUUCUCGCUCAUGGCGUGGCGAGCGUGGUGGUCAGCGACCUGCUGGCUCUCCUUCCCAUUCCUGCCUCCUCCGUGUCCAGCCUGUCCAUAGCGCUGAAAGGCCUAAACUCAUUGGUCGCAUUCACAUUCCACUCCCUGGACUGAACAGUAGCUGCUUCCUGAAAAGUUGGAAUUGUUUGAAGAGUUUUUAUAUUUACUGGAUUUGGGUUUUUGUUUUAAGUGAUAUUAGCUGCUUUCUUGCUUUGGCAAACUGGCAAACCAGAACAGGAAACAGCUACCUGUGACAAUUGGAUACAUGUGAACAAUUAUGUGUUGAGUGAGUGAACACAGUUAACUUGGCUAUUUCAUUUCUUUGGUUAAAAAGGAUGCGAUUCCCUUACUGGGAACAGAAUGGGAGGUGGUGGGCAUCAGAGAAACUCGCCUCUGAGGUGUGUUGGUGCAACACUCAACUCGUCCAGGGCCUUGCAGUCUGUCUGCUCAUUCCCAUCCAGGUUAAACCGACGCUGCGGCUGCGGCUGCUUCUCGCUAGGUUGCUGCAGAACGCUCCCUUUUGGGAGCAAAACGCAAGUGCAGCCCCCCCCCCCCCCCGCCCUUCUCCCGUCUCGCAGGGCCUGAGCCUCGCAGUCCAGGGCCUCCCUUUCUGUUUUGGGGUCAGGCUUGCACAAGUAUUUGACUCAUGCAAGUGAGGCAGGCCCAGGAUAUUGCAGGUCGGCCAGAAUACAGGCCCCUCCGUGAAGGGGAGCCUCUUUCUCUGGGCCUGGUGCAGUGAGAAGUUUUUAGAAAAGGUUUCUGAAGCAUAAAUGCCUCCUCAGCUUGUACUUGGGAGAGAUUUUUCUGGGAAGAACUUUCAGUCUUAGAUAGUCCGUGAGGUUGUGGGAGAAAGGUUUUAUCCCUAAGCAGGCAGGCAAGAUGAAAGAUACUUCACCCCUCUUUCCCCGGGCAAAUGGUGGGCAAGGAUUGCUGCCCCAGUUCCCCAAGCGUGGUUUGAUCCCUGAGAAUGCAGUGUGUGACCACCCAGAUAAUUUCCCUCCCCCCCCUUCCCCGUAGGCCGCCCCGGCUGCAGCCCCUGGGAGGUCACCCUUUCCCCAGUUGGCUUUAGACUGGUUCCGAGAAGGCUUCUGGGUUCAGGGAUGAGCUCUUGACCGUGCAGGUCUUCCAGCCGGCCAUCUUUUCCCUUGCAUCUCCCUUAGCACAAGCUUCAGCUUGACGAAAGCACAAGGCUUUGGCUCUGUCAAAGAAUUCCCGGAGGGAACCUGCUUCUCCUGAAGUGCUCUGGGUUGGCACCUUGGGGUUGAGUGGGCAGGGCCCGUCUUCCUGCAGAGAUGCGCCCAGCCGGAUGCUUGCAGUUGGCUUGGUCAAUUGGGAGCCCCUUCCCAGCUGUGGCUUCUCUUGCACCCAGGCCUUUGCCAGCUGCCUGUGGCCAGCAACACUAAGAAACCCCCCUGGGAUUGGCAGCCUCACCAGAGUCCCCUGGAGGUCCCUGGAGCCAGCAAUCUGCUGCUUCCGGACACCCCACGGAGGUCCUGCCCCUCACGUUCCUUGAGGAUUCAGCUUGGCUCAUCGGCUGCCGCCCUGGAGCACCACUUGCUUAUAUAACCAGCCUCCUCCUCCUCCUCUUGGGCUUUUCCUGGGAGUCCCCCCUCAUCUUGCUCCUGUUUGCCAGUGUGUAUUGCACCCCGAAUCUUGUCUGUCCUGUGUUGUACGAGCAUGGCCUGCUCCCUAUUUAUUGCAGCAGGUGGGGGGAGUGUAGAUGGAGGCAGGGUCCCCGUGGCCUUAGGUAACCUGCAGGUGGGAAGGGGCUGGCGGAGGGGAGAGGCCUGCCUUUCCUUUGGGGGGCAGCGGUCGCUCAGCCCCCCCCCCCGCCCCCAUCAGUGGCUUCCGAGCGCCGCGGGGAUGCAUCUGCUCUGGCUAAGCGGCCGGGACGACCGGCAGAGCUCGUUGGUUCAGUGCGUGUUUCCAUAUAAAGAUCCAUGU